AUGUCUCAAAAAGGAGCACCUUCUGUUGCUUCUGAGACAGAACCAUCUACUAGAACAACAUCACCUGUGUCUUCAGGAACAUCCCAGCCUCCUAUAAAACAUAAUGUUGUAGGCGUAUGUGCUAUGGAUGCAAAGGCACGAUCAAAGCCAUGCAGAAAUAUUCUGAAUCGAAUUAUCGCUGAAGGCGAGUUUGAGGCUAUCGUAUUCGGUGACAACAUGAUUUUGGACGAAGAGGUGGAGAAUUGGCCUGCUUGUGAUUAUUUAAUUUGUUUUUAUUCUAAUGGAUUUCCGCUAGAAAAGGCAGAACGAUACGUUGAUCUUAGAAAACCAUUCUGUGUUAACGACGUCUUAUUUCAAGAAUUGCUAUGGGAUCGCCGUUUAGUUUUGAAGAUAUUAGACUCUAUCAGUGUUUCCACACCUCCAAGGUUGAUUUGUAACCGAGAUGGAGGACCAAGGUUACAUAAGGUCCUGGCUGAAAAGUUGAAACGUAAAUUUGGUUUCCAUUUAAAAAAGGAACCCUUACCAACAAUGGAAAUGUUGGAUGAAGAUACUCUUUGUGUCGAUGGUGAAAUCCUAAAAAAACCUUUUGUGGAAAAGCCUACCUAUGGUGAAGACCAUAACAUUUAUAUCUAUUUUCCCAAAUCCGCCGGUGGUGGCGGCCGGAAACUAUUUCGUAAAAUCGCAAACAAGUCUUCUGAUUAUGAUCCCGAUCUUUGCUAUCCUCGCACGGACGGAUCGUAUAUAUAUGAGCAAUUCAUGAAUGUCGACAAUGCAGAGGAUGUCAAAAUAUAUACAGUUGGUUCGCAUUAUAGACAUGCUGAAACAAGAAAGUCACCGGUUGUUGAUGGUAUUGUGCGCCGUAAUCCUCAUGGAAAAGAAAUUCGUUUUAUUACCAACUUAUCUGAAGAAGAGAAAGUAAUGGCUUCUAAGAUAUCGAUUGCUUUUGAACAGCCUGUUUGUGGAUUUGACUUGUUAAGGGUGUCAGGAAGAUCCUAUGUGAUUGAUGUAAAUGGCUGGUCAUUUGUUAAAGAUAACAAUGAUUAUUAUGACAAUGCCGCUCGUAUCUUGAAACAGAUGUUUCAUGUUGCUGAACGCCAUAGGAGAAAUCGUGUUCCCUCCGUUCAAGAAGUGCUUAAUCCCCCUCCUAGGGAAAGUGAAGCCUGGAGAUUGAAAAGUUUGGUUGUUGUACUUCGUCACGCCGACCGCACCCCUAAACAAAAGUUUAAGUUUUCAUUCAGUUCUGAACCUUUCGCAAAACUGCUUCAGGGUCACACCGAAGAAGUUAUAUUGCGUCACGAGCAAUUGAAUAGUGUCUUGGCAGCUACAAACGUAGCAUCAGAGAUGAAAUGCGAAGAUUUAAGCAAGUUGAAACAACUUAGGCUUGCUUUAGAAACCAAGAAAAAUUUACCUGGUACAAAAGUCCAACUCAAACCAGCGUAUUCCUCUGAAGGCAAUCUUACAAAAUUACAACUCAUCAUCAAAUGGGGAGGUGAAUUCACCCAUUCUGCACGAUAUCAAUCCAAGGAUCUUGGUGAACAAUUUCGUAAAGAUCUCUAUAUAAUGAACCGCGAUUGUCUAAAAGAUGUUGAGAUUUUUACAUCAUCUGAACGCCGUGUGUCAACUUCUGCCGAAAUUUUUGCAAUGGCCUUUUUGGAGCAAGAAACAAUAGCGAAUGACUUAUUAAAGGUUAGGAAAGAUCUUUUGGAUGACUCCAAUGCUGCUAAAGAUACAAUGGAUAAAGUUAAAAAACACUUAAAGUCACUAUUAAGGGUUAGUGAUACGGCAAGAAAAGAAUUUACUUGGCCAGAGAAUAUGCCCAAACCUUGUGAAGUUAUGCAGCAGGUAGUUCAAUUAAUGAAAUAUCAUCGAGCCAUCCUACGUGAGAAUUUUAUCAUCCUAGGACCUGGAGCUGAGCAAGUACAAUCUCGUUGGUGCUGCAGCGAAAACCCUGCCUUAUUUAGAGAACGGUGGGAAAAGCUUUUUAAUGAGUUUUGUGAUUCUGAAAAAGCAGAUCCUUCGAAAGUAUCGGAACUUUAUGAUACCCUUAAAUAUGAUGCAUUACACAAUCGUCAGUUUUUGGAAAGAAUAUUCACACCUUACCAAUAUUUGAGAUUUCCCCAAGAUCCUGGUUUAACAACUAGGGAGUCUUCUAGUUCUUCUAAUGACUCCAGUAAUAACGGCAUUUCAAAUAUGAGCAAAUCCGCCAGAAAGACAGAAAGACCACUAGAAAAGCUGUAUGAGUUGUACGAUCUUGCUAAGGUUUUGUUUGAUUUUGUUUCUCCUCAAGAGUAUGGUAUAGAACAAGAAGAAAAGCUUGAAAUUGGAUUAUUGACAAGUGUGCCUCUUCUACGACAAGUUCUGGACGAUAUUAAAGUUGCCAGAGACUCUGAUCACGCAUCAACGAGGAUGUAUUUUACCAAAGAGUCACAUAUAUAUACUUUACUGAACUGCAUUCUUGAGUCUGGGUUACCCAUGAAGAUGCCACGAAAUCAGAUUCCUGAGUUGGAUUACCUUACGCAAAUUUGUUUUGAGUUGUUUGAGCGUACAAAUCCUUCCGGAAACAAGGAAUUUUCAGUUAGGAUUACGCUGUCUCCAGGGUGCUAUGCUCAAUGUCCUUUGGAUAUGAAAUUAGACGCCAAACACUGCAUCAGUGUCGCUCCUAGGCGGUCUUUAACGAGACAUCUGGAUCUUCAAAACUUUGUGAAGAGUAUUGAAGAUCGGUGUAAUUCUGUCCAUCUACCGAAGCGUUUCAUUCCAGUAAAUAUAAACUAA